AGUUUUCUCCUCAUUCAGUAAAGUUUCAACCCACAACCUUUGCGUGAAUCACGAGCCGCAAUGGAUCAAUCACCAGAAAAGCCCGUGUUGUUCUUUGACAUCGACAACUGUCUAUACUCGCGCAAUGACAAAGUCCUUGAGCACAUGGGCAAGAACAUUGACGACUACUUCAAGAAGCAUCUAGGCCUCUCCCCAGACGAUGCUGAACGCCUUCACAAGGAUUACUCCCAGCAAUACGGCCAGGCAAUCGAAGGGCUUGUACGCCACCACCAAAUUGACGCGUUGGAAUACAACGCCAAGGUCGAUGACGCGGUCCCACUGGACGACCUCAUCAAGCCAAACGCCCGAUUGCGACAAUUCCUCGAGGAUAUUGAUACGUCGAAAGUGAGACUUUGGCUGCUAACUAAUGCUUAUGUGAACCACGGGAAACGGGUUGUGAGGCUGUUGGGCGUGGAUGAUUUGUUUGAGGGGUUGACGUAUUGUGAUUAUUCUCAGGUACCGUUUGUUUGUAAGCCCCAUAAAGAAAUGUUUAUGAAAGCUAUGAGAGAGGCUGGCGUCUCUGAUGUUUCGAGAUGUUAUUUUAUUGAUGACUCUCAUAAGAAUUGUGUCGGAGCAAAGGACGCUGGCUGGACUGCUAUUCACUUUGUGGAAGAGGGACUUUCUGUACCUGAUACACAAGCGUCUCAGCAUCAGAUUCGCCAUCUCGAAGAGCUGAGAUCACUUUAUCCUGACUUCUUUAGCGUUAGAAAUUGAUACUUUCUCCGAGUG